CCAUUUUUGAAAGACUCUGGUUGCGUUCCUGCAGUAGAGAACGAGAGAGGCCAAUGGAUGGCUGCAUCCAACCACAAACCCACAAUGCAAGGACAGGUACAAGUACCACCUGGCUCCUGCUCCCCCAGCACAACAGCCGGGUCCUCUCCCCCACUCUCCCAGCCGUGUCCUCUCUUCUCCUCGUCCUCUCCCUCUUGCUCUCGCGCGUAGGAGGAGGGAGCACGCAGGACGGGCGCGUGCCCAUGGGUAGGACGCCGUGCUGCGACAGGGUCGCCGUGAAGCGGGGCCCCUGGUCGCCGGAGGAGGACGAGGCGCUGCGCAGCUACGUCCAGCGCCACGGCAGCGGCGGCAACUGGAUCUCCAUGCCCAAGAAAGCCGGGCUCAAGAGGUGCGGCAAGAGUUGCAGGCUUCGCUGGCUCAACUACCUCCGCCCGGACAUCCGCCACGGCGGCUUCACCGACGAGGAGGACGCCGUCAUCCUCUCCCUCUACACCCAGCUUGGUAGCAAGUGGUCGCUGAUCGCCUCGCAGCUGGAGGGGAGAACGGACAACGACGUCAAGAACUACUGGAACACCAAGCUCAAGAAGCGCCUCCUCGCCGCCGCGGCCACAGCCGGCAUCGUCUCCACCCGCUCCCCGCCAUCCGUUCCGCGGCUACCGGCGGCGCCGGCCUCGACACCUGCGGCGGCCGCGGCCACCGUCGCCACGCACGCGUCAUCGCUGUUCCCGUUGCUCGCCAUCCCGACCGUGAAGACCGAGAUGUACACCUGCGACGACUUCCUGGCGCCGGCGGCGUUCCGGGACGACCCGUUCGCCGCGGCCGACGGCUCCACCUCGGCCUCCGCGGCGUCGUCGGCGUCCAACUGGUCGGCGGACAACGGUGCUGCGGGCGGCGGCGAGGGGUCGUUCCUCCUGGACUUCUGCGCGGGCUCCGGCCUCGGCGCCGCCGACGACCACCUCCAGCUCCCCGGCGGCUACUACUACCCUCUCGACCCGAGCUUGUCGCUGGUAUAGCUUCACCGGCGUUCAAACCACAGUAGCGGUAGGAUCGGUAGUAACAUGCGCAUGUGUUCUUGGGAUCGCUUCGAUUAUCUGACGCAUGCACCUCGCGUCUUGUCGCCAUGAGAACUUUCUGGCUGAACAAUUCAGCUGCCAUCUGGAAAGAAAAAGAAAAUAGCCGUCGCUCAAAGUUUCAAAUGCGGUGCUCAUUUCGGUUGCUUGUGUUGCCAUCUGGCGCGUUCUAGCGAAAUUCUGGAAAAAAAAAUGUAUGUUCUUUCGUGGUUACUAACUUCUGUGCUUCGAAUUUUUCAUC